AUCGUUCAUUUGACAGCUUUACUUCAGAAUUUCACUCACAUUAUAACGAAUUACACGAGAAAUUUGUAAAAUAUACUAAGUAAAAAGACUUUUUGGCCUAAUUUUUUGUUGAAAAAGGGUGCAACAAAUUAUAUACUAGCAAUAUGCCUAUGCCCAGCAGUGCAUUUGGUCAACAAGGACCCUCGUGCUUUGACAAAAUGAAAACAGGCUUCACAAUUGGUUUCUGUGUGGGUAUGGCCAGUGGAGCUUUGUUUGGUGGCUUUUCUGCCUUGAGAUAUGGCUUGAGAGGCCGUGAACUUAUCAACAAUGUGGGCAAAGUGAUGAUACAAGGUGGCGGUACAUUUGGCACUUUCAUGGCCAUUGGUACGGGCAUUCGCUGCUGAGUGGCAAAUGUUGUGUGGAACACAUAUUGGAAUAAGAAACAAUUUGGUGUUUGGAAACAAAUUUUGGAGUUUAGCUUGUCUGUAGCAUCAUAGUUUUCUAAACUUGAAGAUUUCAAAAUUUUUGUUUGUUACAAGUAGAUUUUAGCUAUUUAACUUACUUUUCUUCCUAAGUUACUUGAAACAAUAAUAUAUAUAUAAAUUCAAUAUAAAUAGAAACAUGUUUACUAUAUAAGGAAAUGUAA